UCUCAGAGCUGCAACAUUUUGGUUCCGCCUGUUAGCAUUAAAAUCCCGGUUCUUCUUCCGGACACGUUAUUGUUGCAUCAGCAUCCACCAUCCAGCACCGAGGCCAUGUCGACCCCAGCAGAGCCAGCCUUUGAGUUUGGCUCCUUGCUGCAGAUCAAUGAGGAGGCCGAGGCCCUGAACGACUACCUGUCCUCACGCAGCUACCUGGCCGGGUUCAGCCCCUCCCAGGCUGACCACAAAGCCUUUAAGCUCCUCCGCAGACCCCCAGAUCCACACCACGUGCACGCUCUGCGCUGGUACAGACACAUAGCAGCCCUGCAGCAGGACCUCCACCCAGACAGCAGCACUAAAGGGAAGCGAGUUCAGCCGUCCUGGUCUCCACCAGCAGGAACCGACGUUCCUCAGCUCCGUCUCUACAACAGCCUGACCAGAGCGAAGGAGCCGUUUGUUCCCCAGAGAGGUAACAGGGUGACGUGGUACUGCUGCGGUCCUACCGUGUACGAUGCGUCACACAUGGGUCACGCCAGAUCCUACAUUUCCUUUGACAUCCUGCGGAGGACGCUGAGCGAUUACUUCAAGUACGACGUCUUCUACUGCAUAAACAUCACCGACAUCGACGACAAAAUCAUUAAACGAGCUCGACAGAAUUAUCUUCUGGAGCAGUACAAGGAGAAAAAACCUCAACCUGCUCAGAUCCUGCAGGACGUCCUGAGCGCCAGAGGGCCCUUUCAGGCCAGCCUGGCUUCGACCUCAGACCCUGAUAAGAAGCAGAUGAUGGAGCGGCUGGACGCUGCUGUAGCCGACGCUCUGGAGCCCCUGCAGGGGGCGCUGGAGAGCAAAGCAGCAGAUGUUCAACCUCUGGCCCAGGCGCUGCUGGAGAGCUCCAAAGACCUGCUGGCCGACUGGUUGGACAAACAGUUUGGAAGUCAAGUCACAGAGAAUUCAAUCUUCUCCAUCCUCCCCAAGUACUGGGAGGGAGAGUAUCAUAAAGACAUGGAGGCCCUGAACGUUCUCCCUCCUGACGUCCUGACUCGGGUCAGUGAGUACGUUCCUGAGAUCGUGGAGUUUGUGAAGAAGAUCGUCUCCAACGGUUACGGGUACGAGUCCAACGGCUCGGUUUACUUCAACACCUCUAAGUUUGACUCCAGCCCACAGCACUCAUACGCCAAGCUGGUUCCGGAGGCCGUGGGAGACCAGAAAGCUCUGCAGGAGGGAGAAGGUGACCUGAGCAUCUCUGCUGACAGGUUAAGUGAGAAGAAGUCCCAGAAUGACUUUGCCUUGUGGAAAGCCUCCAAACCUGGAGAACCUUCCUGGGACUCUCCAUGGGGGAAGGGGCGUCCUGGAUGGCACAUCGAAUGUUCAGCCAUGGCCGGCUCCAUCCUGGGGGAGUCGAUGGACAUCCACGGCGGAGGGUUUGAUCUCCGGUUCCCUCAUCACGACAACGAGCUGGCUCAGUCUGAGGCGUUCUUUGAGAACGAUCACUGGGUGCGUUACUUCCUCCACACCGGACAUCUGACCAUCGCUGGCUGUAAGAUGUCCAAGUCUCUGAAGAACUUCAUCACCAUUAAGGACGCCUUGGCCAAGAACACAGCCCGGCAGCUCCGUCUGGCGUUCCUCAUGCAUUCCUGGAAGGACACUCUGGACUAUUCCUCCAACACCAUGGAGUCGGCCGUCCAGUACGAGAAGUUCAUGAACGAGUUCUUCCUGAACGUGAAGGACAUCCUGAGAGCUCCUACCGAUGUCACCGGUCAGUUUGAGAAGUGGGAGGAAGCCGAGGUGGAGCUCAACAACAGUUUCUACGACAGGAAAGCUGCCGUCCACGAGGCUCUCUGCGACAACAUCGACACCCGGACCGCCAUGGAGGAGAUGAGGGUUCUGGUGGGUCAGAGCAACAGCUACGUCGCCAGCAGGAAGAACGCCAAGCUGAGGCCGAACCGGCUGCUGAUGGAGAGCAUCGCCGUCUACCUCACCAACAUGCUGAAGAUAUUUGGUGCCAUUGAAGGAUCCGACCCGAUUGGUUUCCCUGUUGGAGGACAGGAUCAGAGCGUGGAUCUGGAGAGCACCGUGAUGCCGUACCUCUCCGUGCUGUCGGACUUCAGGGAGAACGUACGGAAAAUCGCCCGAGAGCAGAAAGUGAUGGAGCUGCUGCAGCUCUGCGACGAUGUCCGUGACGAAACAUUACCAGAGCUGGGAGUCCGACUGGAAGAUCAUGAAGGUUUGCCUACUGUGGUGAAACUGGUGGACAAGGAGACCUUACUGAAGGAGAAAGAGGAGAAGAAGAAGAUUGAAGAGGAAAAGAAAAAGAAGAAGGAAGAAGCUGCCAGGAAGAAACAGGAACAGGAGAUGGCCAAACUGGCCAAGAUGAAGACGCCUCCAUGUGAGAUGUUUCGCUGUGAAACGGACAAAUAUUCCAGUUUUGAUGAAACGGGUUUUCCCACCCAUGAUGCUGAAGGGAAGGAGCUCAGUAAAGGACAAGCCAAGAAGCUGCGUAAACUUUACGAGGCUCAGGAGAAGCUUCACAGCGAGUAUCUUCAGAUGAACCAGAACGGAAAUUGACAGACCAGAACAUCCAUCCACUCCCCUGCAGAAUAAAAGCUACCGGCUCACCGUUUGUCUCCUGUUCAUCUUGUUCUGGAUCAGAAAACAGGGGUUUUUGUUGUUUAUUCUUUCAGACUGACGAUUACAGGUAACCAUGCAUAAUUUUUCAAAAUAAGAGCAGGAAGAACUCAGCGACAGAAACAGACUUUUUUCUUUCUCUGUUGACUUUGGUCGACGUUCACAUCAGCAGAACUCUGUUGGAGGUUUGACUGAAACUCCACCGGUUGGUUCGAGGAUUAAAGGAACUUUUUGCUACAAAUGGAAGCUCCCGCACACACAGGUGACAAAUUAAAAGAAAAACCAACAUCAAGUGUUUUAGUGAAGUGAUUUUCCACCGUGAACCUUCAUCGUGGAUUCUCCAGGUCUCUGCUGGAAUAAUGAACAUAGAAUCUGUCACAUAUGUUCAGCGUUUUCCUUUAAUUUGUCACCUGCUUUUUGGCUGAAGGCACUAGAGCUGCAGCUCAUGAUUAUUUUUAGAACAGAUUAAUCUGCAGACUAUUUCCACAAUUCGUUUUGUCUGCAGAAGUCAAGAAAAUAAAGGAAAUUAACAUUAUCAUCACUUCCAACCCAAGAAGCUUGUUCAAAUUGCUCAUUUUAUUUGAGGAAACAAAGUUUAUCAUUAUAUUUAGUUAUUAAAAGCAAAAAAUAGUUGCAGCAUAACAGCUGGAAACGGCUGCUGUUGGGACUUUAACCUUUUAAAAUGACAAAAGAUUGAUUGAUAGCUGCAGCUCUAGAAGGAAACUGUAAGAAAAACCAGUCCUGAAUCUACUGCUGGAGCUGGUUGAAUUAUUGUGGAAUUAGAUUUGUGCCACUUUUAUCAAAUAACAUUACAAUAAAUCUAAAAAAUUUAAAUCCCACAUGUGAAGUUUGGGUCCGAACUGCCAACAUAAUCCAGGCAACAGAAAAAGUCUAAUGAGAGAAAAACAAGCAGAAAAAACUGAAAAAGAACCAAAGAGACGACUCUUUUCUCUUAAAGUCGUAUUUUUAUUUGAUAUAAAAAUGUUUGAUUAAAUCAACACAAAUCUGAUGGGUUGGUUUUGGGAUUUGCAUUUUUGGACCUUUUAGUAGAAAAAGUCUCACUUUUUACAACAACAAAAAAACAGCAUCUUUUACAGACUCACGCAAGCAAAAUCAUCAGAAAUCUACGUUUAAACAGAACUAAUACCAUAAAAGACACAUUGAGGUGCAUUUUUACAUCAGUUAGGUAAAAAACCAGACAUUGGAUGAAAUGCAGAAGUAUAUUUUUUAAAAGUACCAUUUUAAUGGUGAUAACACUUUUUAGUGAAGUAGAAAAGAAACUCUUCUGUGUUUUCUGAUUUUACUGCUGAACCUGCAACGUUUUAGAUCAUUUCUCAAGCAUUCCUUAUUUUAUUUAGAAAAGAAUAUCUUUUAUUUUCGGGUCAUUUGAUCACAUUAAUUUUAAUUUAUCUGCCAUGAAUAUUACUAAACUUCCCAUAGAAAUGCGUUUCAACUAUUUAAAAAUAAUCCUACUUUGGAAAACAUACAUUUGAGAAUCUACCAACAAAAAACCACCAGACAGGAUAAAACUACAUUAAUACAGAAUCUCAGUGGUGGACAUUAAUGGCUAAUUAACCCUCAUGUCGUCCUGCGGGUCAAAAUUGACCUGGUUUAAAGUCUGAAAAUGUGGGGAAAAAAAUAUAUUUUCACAGUGAAACUUCUGAUGUCCACAUUUUAAUUUUUGGGGGAAAUCUUUGAAUAUUUUUUGGUGGAAAAAAAAUGUUUAAAAUAUCUCUUAACAACAUUCACAUAAAAUCACAUAAAAAUUUAUGUGAAUGUUCUUAAGAAAAUAUUAGAAGUUUUACUGAUAUAUAUGGAAUCACUUUAGAUAUUUUUAGGAUUUUUUUGGACAUACUUUACUAAUUUUUUGAAAAUAUUCACAAGAAUUUUCUUGCCAAAUUUGGGGGAUUUUUUUGAAAUAAAACUUUUAAGGGAAACUUUUAAGGAAUUGUUGGGUUUUUUUUCCUGAAGGUUUUGCAAAUUUACAGAAAUUUGGGGAAUUUUUUUGCUGAAUUUUUGGAUUUUUUUCAGACAAGGAAACAAUAUUUUUAGGUGCAAGUAAAUGAGGACAACUGGAGGGUUAAUCAAACUUGGAUAUUCAUUGUUGUUUAAUUUCUGUCAAACUUUCAGGACGUUUAGUUGCUAAAUAUCCUGAAAUCCUAAAUUUCAAAUGAAUCCAGUAAAAAAUGAUUGAUGAGGAUUCAAAAAACUUCAACCUUAACAAGGGAUUUUGAUCAAAGAUUUUAGAUUUUUUGGAAGAGAAUCAUGAACAUGUCGGGUUAAGGUUCGGAAGAAGUGAGCUGCCCUGGAAUGACCCUUAAUUACUAGAUAAUCUUUAAAAAAUAAGGCUCAUAUUAUUCUAUGUGUUUCUGUUAAACCUGCAGCUUUUUAGUACAUAAAUGCAUUGGCCUGUUUUUAAAACCUACAGUCUCGUUAAUAGAAGAGGAAAUAGUGCGUUUACUGAGGGCCUACUUUCAGCUGCGGAAUGAUACACAUUUAGUAAAGAUUCUACCGAUGAUUUGUGAUAAAAGCUAAAACUAUCAGCAGAUGGUGCUUUAAAAGUGGGCAGCUGACAGAUUUAACCUCCUGGAAACCAGAUGACCAGGAGCUUUUUAUUCCUUCGCCGUCCAUCGUUAGGGUUUUGUAUUUUUGUUAAUUAAUGCAGAUUUGAUUUAGGAAGGAGCAUUUAAAAAAAAAAAAAAAAAAAAAAAAGAAGCGCUGAUUCCUGGUGGAGGCCAGCUUUGUGUUUAAACCCUUUAAUGCCAGAUAAUUAUCAUUACUGCACACAGUAGAAAAACAUCUAGAUUUAUUUUGAUAUCUUCAUGUCUGCUGUCUCAAUAAAGGCUUGAACUGGA